AUGACGAACCUUGCGCUCCUUCCCCCUUCUUCUCGCCUCCCACCUCUCCGUCGCAUCAACGAGCACCCCAUCGAUGUGCUCAUUGCGCUUGUCGACUACCUCCGAGCCAUAUACACUCCCCCCGUCCACGGAACCCGUCGCGUGGGCCGUAAAGUCCUGAAGGCCCGCAGCGCGUCGAGAUCCGCCGAAGACUCCCUAGACGAACUCCGUGCGGACCCCUUCGAGCGGGCCUACGCCGUCCGGUGGCUCACCAGGCUCGUCACGCGUACAGCCCUCCUCGAAGACGCGGACGCAGACGAAGAUGCCCCCGCGGCAGAAAACAACGCGGACGCCCUUGUCCGCGCGGCGACGGCACUGCUGGCCGCGUGCGCCGGGACGUCGGCCGCGCGCACGCUCACCCGCACCUACGUCUUCGCCGCGCCUUCCGCGGACGCGAGCCACGACGUCCGCGUGCUCCUCACGGACGUCCCGAUCGCCACGGACGGGGAGGCCCCGACGGUGGGGACGCAGACGUGGGGGAGCGCGUGCCUGCUGGCGGAGAUGGUGGUGGAGGAUCCCGCGCGGUUCGGUCUGGGCGGACGCAGCGGGGAGGUGCGGGUGCUGGAGCUCGGCGCGGGCACGGGGCUCGUCAGCCUCGCGUUGGCGAAGCAUCUCGCUCAAACGCACCGGGAAAGCGCAGCCAAGACGUCGAUCGUGGCCUCGGACUACCACCCCGCGGUGCUGGAGAACCUGGAUCGGAACAUCGAGGCCAACUUUCCGCACGGUACGCCGUCCACAGUGUCUCUCGCUGCGCACAGACUCGAUUGGUCAGACUACUCCCGGGGUGACUGCGAUCUUCGCGAGGAGUCAUUCGACGUGGUCCUUGGGGCAGACGUAGUGUAUGAGCCGCAGCAUAUUCUCUGGAUCCGCGACUGCGUCCAUGCGCUGCUCAGGAAGCCUGCUAGCGCUGCGGGGGACCGCGCCGCCCGAGCACCUCGCUUCCACCUGGUCAUGCCACUUCGUCCUACUCAUGCCGUGGAGUCUCGGGCGGUGCGGGAGGCGUUUCCAGCGGCCCCUUAUGGGGACAAUGUACGACCGGAAACGCUGUGUAUUCUCGAGGAGGAAACGGUUUUGUGCGAGGUCGACGAUGUGCGGCCUGGAGAGCAAAUCGAGUACGUUCACUUUGUUAUUGGAUGGUCGUAG